CUUGAUCACAGUCUCUCACUCCUCCUCUCUUUCGUGUCUCCCCUUAUUAUCAUUUUCUGAAUGUUGCUUCACUUUUUAACAACAGAUCUGAUCUUUAACAGGGACAGCAGAUCUCUGCGGAUUGUUCUACAGACUCUUCUACAGUUUUGUUUCAGCCUUCUUCAAAAGUUCCCCACCGCUUCAGUGCAUCCAUCCUUUUUAUCAACACGGAUGUCCAACUUCAAGGAGAGGAUAUGUAUCAGGGCAUAAUGACAACCAACCACGGACCCCCCUCUUAUGAGGCCGGAUUCCUCCACAAUGCCGCAACGGGCACCUCUCCGGUGUACGUGCCCACCACCCGGGUCGUCACCCCAAUGAUCCCGGCGCUGCCUUACCUCCAGAACCCCGGGGCGUCGCAGCAGAGCAGCCCGGUGUCGAGCCACUCUGCUUGGGCGCAGCCAGGCGCAGACUCGGUAUCUUCGUACAACCACUCCUCUCCGGUGUCACCUCGCUUCAGCUUCUCCACCAGCCCACCUCUGUCCGCUGGGGUGCAUGUCCCGGCCCGGGAGACAGCAGCGGCUUCUUACGGUAGCCCAUUAAACAUCUCCGCCAAUGGGAGGGAGCACUACGGGGCCAGGGGCCUCAGCGGGUCCUAUCACAGCCCUUACCCGGCCUACAUGAGCCCCAACAUGGGGGGGACGUGGGCGGCGUCCCCCUUUGAGAGUCCGGUCCUUCACGGGCUGCAAACUGGAGGUCAUCAUGGCACAACACGGCACCCAAACAUUGACCUGUUUGAUGACUUUGCUGAGGGCAGAGAGUGUGUGAACUGUGGGGCGAUGUCGACCCCCCUCUGGAGGCGAGAUGGUACUGGCCACUACCUCUGCAAUGCCUGCGGACUGUACCACAAAAUGAACGGCAUCAACAGACCUCUAAUUAAACCUCAAAGACGCCUGUCCGCCUCCAGGAGGGUGGGUCUGUCCUGCACCAACUGUCACACCACCACCACCACCCUGUGGCGACGAAAUGCAGAGGGAGAGCCGGUGUGCAACGCCUGUGGCCUUUACAUGAAACUCCACGGGGUACCACGACCCCUGGCUAUGAAGAAAGAGGGAAUCCAGACCCGUAAACGCAAACCCAAAAGCCUCAACAAGUCUCAGACUGGGACCCCAGGCAGUGAGGGGACCCCUGUGACUCCAAGCAGCACUCCCCGAGCGUCCACCACCGCCACAGAAGAGCCUCGCCAGAUAAAGACAGAGCCGGACACUCACAGCUUGUACACACACCACAGCACACAUGCACAGCUUUCUGCCCUGCCAGCCUACAUGGCAGCUCAAGGUGGGGCCAUUCCUCUUAAGAUGUCCCCUGGGGGCCACAGCGGGUCUUCUAACUCCAAAGCUGAGCCCUGGAACAACCUCAUCUUGGCCUAGGUGACCAGCAACUCAUCAUUCAAGACCAUAUUUCUGCUUUAAGUACACUCUCCUGAGGGAUGAGGGUCUACAGAUACCAGACUGCUGCUCUGGAUUGCAGAUGUUUCAUCCCAGCCAAGACAAACACCGUGCAGCAGUGUCUGCACUACAACGCUCUGGGACAAACUUGUGGAUGCCACAAAUGAAAUGGAAGUGUUCAACAGGACUGUGCUGUGUGUUUAAAAGCACCAGAUGAGGACUGAAGGGAGAAACAGGAGAAAAGGGACUUUGUUGUCACUCUUACUUUUUCUACCAACCUAGUUCAGGUAAAGUGCUUGACAGAUACUGUAACAUAUACCAGUAGCCAGUAACACUAAUGGUCUGACUUUCUGCCCAUGACUUAUUAAUAUUCUUGUGGUUUUGUUUUUUCAUAUUUUUUAAUGGUGAAAAUGAUGAACUUAUAAAACAUGAAGGAAAGCACAGCAGCAAAACUGUAUAUCGGGAUGAGCAGGGGAGUUGUUGGAAGCCUACUGCAAGGGUCAGUUCACUUUAAAGCUCCUAUGAGCAGUUUUAGCUGGUUAUGAAACACAUUGAAAUUAACACUCAUACUUCUUUAUGAGCUACAAAAGCAAAACAAGACCAUUAGCAUACAGAUCUAAUUUUUCUGUACAGUUAUUUUUAGUGUCUGAAACAACUGCUGUGGGGAGCUGUUUGGUUCAGUACGGAUUCACCAUGAAUGAUACAUUUGAUUGUUAAAAUAAAGCAGAGUAAGAUCUUUUGUUUUGUAUUGAAAAUAAUGCACCGUUCUCCCGUACAUGACAAAAUCAGCAGAGGUACCACCUGUCCACAUGGUGGUGCCAAAAUCAACACAAACAGGAUGUUGCUCACAGGAGCUUUAAUAAAGAAAACAGACAUUUACUGUAACAAUAAGUUGUAUUCAAAAAUGCAAUAGUAGCAAACUACACUUUGGUGUUUCCCCAAUUUACUUAACAAACAAUAAUUAGGCUUUUAGAAAUCUACAGAUUCAGUUUUGCUCAGUUUCUUGUAUUUUUCUGAAGGUCAUUUUAGAUUGUGAUGAUUUUCGAAGAUAUUACAGAGUAUCUGGUAAAGCACUUUGCUUUAAGUUUUAAAGGGAUGUCAGUCAGCCCAGCAUCAUACACAAACAUCCAAUCAAAUAAGCUCUUUUGUGAUAAAAACAAGCACAGCAGAAAAACACCCCAAAACCUGAUAUGAGACUAGGGUGAACUGACCCUUUAAUUUCCCCAGAUUUGCAGCCCAUGAUAAAUCAGACAUACUCACUCAUUCAUAAUGAGAGAUUUAAAAGUGCCUCUAAAUCUUAUUUGUAAACCCAAUCAGGAACGUUUUUGAAAGUAAACAUUAGAGAAUUUCUCAUUCAUCACUCCUUUAGACCAGUGAUAUGACCUUUGACCUGAUCUCCUAGUCAGUGCAAUAGAAACAGAUCCAUGGUGGCCUGUAAUUUCUGAAUCCAUUCCCUGAACUAUAUAUUUUCAGCCCUAUGGUUUUAGUGUAAAAAAACUACAUGUCAGUAUUGACUCCUCUAUGAUUUACUACCUAGUUAAGUUGCACAUGAUGAUAAUGAAUGGGUGUAAUGGGGACAAGGCUCCCUCUGCUGACAUAAACACAGAUGUGUCCCUUUUUUUUGCUAAAUGUCCUUCUAGUAUUUAUUAGAUAAGGGAUAAUGUAUAGCAUGCGGGUGGUUAGGAAAAUUAGAAUCCCAACAGAGGGGUCUUGUUAAAAUCACUACCCUUUAUGUGACUUUGUAGAGAGUCAUGCAAUCAAAGCACAAGCUCUGCAACCAUUGCUUGAAUGCAGGACAGGAUGUUGCUCCACUUCUGCCUGUCAGAAAGCUCGGGGCCCAGUAGGUCCUCAGGCUGCUCAUUAUAUCCCGACUCUCAAGACCACCCGGUCUAAUAGAAACUAACAUUAUUGCCACAGUGUCAACAGGCAGAGGUGAAAUGUGCCUGACCUCUUGAUUUGACGUAGUUGAUCAAGUUGUCUCUGGCACCACUUUUGCUAAUGAGACUCAAUUACUGUUGUUACUGCGUUUCUACCAAUCAUAUGAGAGUAUUUUCAUAGCAGGGUAAAAACAGGGGAACGACCCACAAUUAUUACAACUCUGUCAUCACCUGCGAGCUGCAGGUUGAGUGUAAAUCUCUAUGAUGAAUAUAUCUUGACAAACAUGAGGGCAUCAUGUGUAAAUGUGGGAUAUCUGAUAAAUAAAUAACAAGUAUAUGAACGUAUAUGUAAAAACUCCACUCCAGUUUAAUUGUUAAACACCAUUUUUGGUAUGUUGUAAGUACAGACAAAGUGGAAGAUGUCUCAGUGUGCACUAACACUACCUUCCUCUGUGUGCAACUGUAGCUCUACUGAGGACACUAAUAAAGACAAAGCAUUUCUGACACAAUGCUUAUGGUAUGUAUGA